UGUGAAUGUGUGCGCGCAAUACGGUCCUCUGGCUCAGUGUGCCGUGAAGUUCGGAAGCUGUCUUCCUUGCGGAGCUCUUUUUCAUCUCUUUCAAGUGGUGAUCGUCCCAGCAGCUCGGAUUUCUAGCAGCAAUCUGAAGAUUGCACUUCCAGCGGUUUGGUAUAGAGAGAAAGAGAGAGAAGAAAAGUCAUAUCACGAGCGAUCUAAAUCAAACGGACGAGAAUGACGACAGGAGCCAAAACAGAACCGUCCUCGGACUGCGAUGUCGCUGACUUUCUCAAUGCACCCAGCUACCUCGAUGCGAUGUCGCGGCGCUACAUGAUGAAGCAGUACAUUGGCGCCCUGCCGGCGGAAGCCCAACAGCGUGUGAAUGCACUGAAAAACCUGCAGAUCGCAUACACCAACCUUGAGGCCAAGUUCUUUGAGGAGGUAUACCAGCUGGAGUGCAAGUACCAGGAGCUCUACCAGCCCAUCAUCGACCGGCGGAGGGACAUCGUGACCGGUACGGUUGCGCCUACCAGCGAGGAAGCCACGUGGGAGGAUCCCCCGCGCAAGGAAGGUGAUGAAGAGGAAGAGCAGGAAGAGGAAGAUGCUGAGCUGAACGAGAAGCUGAAGAAGAUGGCCCUCGACUAUCACAAGAUGCUGCCCGCGAACGGGCAAGGCAUUCCCAACUUCUGGCUGAUGGUGUUCAAGAAUACGGAGUCGCUUGCCGAGCUGGUGCACCCGCACGACGAACCGGUGCUUGAGUAUUUGCGCAACGUGAACAUAGUCUACGAGAAGGAUCCGAUGUCGUACGUGAUUGAAUUCCACUUUGCGCCGAACAGUUUCUUCAAGGAUACCGUGCUGACGAAGAAGUACUUCCUGCGAUGCAACAUCGACAAGGACGAACCGUUCAGCUUCGAGGGUCCGGAGGUGUACAAGUGCACCGGUUGCCCGAUCAACUGGAAUCCGGGUAAGAACGUUACCGUGAAGACGAUCAAGAAGCAGCAGAAGCACAAACAGCGCAACGCGACGCGCAUGGUCACGAAGACGGAACCGACCGAGUCGUUCUUCAACUUCUUCUCGCCACCGCGUGUCCAAGAGGACGACGUUAUUGAUCCCGAUAUGCAGUACGAGAUCGGGCGGGACUUCGAGGUGGGCCACUUCCUGCGGGCGCGUAUCAUUCCGAAAGCCGUCCUCUACUAUACCGGCGACGUGAUGGACGACGACGACGACGUGGAUGACGAGGAGGAAGAGGAAGAAGAGGAGGAGGACGAAGAGGGAGAGGAGGCCGAGGAGAUGGAGGAGGAAGAAGAGGAGGAGGAUGAUGAAGAUGCGGAUGUAGAGCAGGGUGGUAACAAGGCGAAGGUGCCAGCCGCAGCCGCAGCUCGUAGCAAUCGGGCGACGAAACAGGCGAAACGACGCGGUGGUGGCGCAGGCGGAGCUGAUGGCAAGAAGGAACCCCCGGCCGAAUGUAAGCAGCAGUGAGGAGCUGGAGCCAAGAGCGGGGAACCUUUGCGACGGUAGCUGCAUCCUCUCGUUUGCUCCAACAUCCUGUCAAUUUAUACACCUAUACUACGUUUUCAAGCCUCCUCCUUCUUAUUUGUCGUGUCGCCGUGUUCAUGUCCGUUUCCAGUUCGCUUUCGUCCUGGUGGCCUUGGUGUUUUUCCAGUGUAUCACACCCCGAGGGCAGGAAAACCGUCGAAGACAUCUUCGAGUCUUCGUGUAUUUUUCGUUCGUAUUUUUAGGAUUUGAUUCGCGGAAAUUGUUAACCGGUAAGGAGGAUUAGGAAACGAGACAAAAACAAACAACAAAACGCAAACAAACACGAACAGAAGUAAUAGAUGUACUAUGCGAGAAGAGCGAGAAGGGGGAGCGAAGAUGGCAUUUACACCUACCCCAUUUCAGUUAACGUAGUUUCGUCUCUACGCAGAGUAGCGCGUGAUACGACACGAACCCCUACAAAGUAUCCUGUCGCCUUGUGACAGAGGGCUUGAUUCGGUAUUUAUUCUUUUUUAUCUGUGCCUGUACACGCUACGUCAUACAUGUAAUAGAAACAAUACACUCGUCGUGGUAUGUAGAUUCUUACAUGCCGAGCCUAAUUGUCCGGAGGUUCAGGGGUCGUAGAAUAGCAACGGUUAGAAUCGAGCGGCUCUUAGCGAAUCCCAGUGAACGUCAUAGCAGGAGUAAUCACAUUUUAGACUACAUUAGAGAAGUAACCGCAAGAAUCACCCGUUCGUAAUGAACCGAUCCGUAUGAUUAAAUUCCAGUUUUCAAAAUAUACAUACCACUCAUGUCGCCACCCUUUACUCGCCCUUCCUUCGCAAUGAAUGCGGAAAACGACUAAACAGAAGCAAACGCUAUACACUCUAAUAAAACUUGUAUUUAUGUUAUCGGAUAACACACCCGCAUACCUUAUUGUAACCCAGCGCGUAACUCUUUGUGGAACGUGUACAUGAAUAUAUAUAUAUACGGGUUUCCUUGUGCAACGCGUCAAGGAGCGUGGCCCGAUGGUAUAUGUCCUGCAAGUGUUAUUAUUUUGUGCUGACAGCCAGGUAAUUAUGGCGAACAUUAGAUCAUUUCUGAACCAAGUUCCAAUCCUGUUGAUUAAGGGAUGUUUACUUUUAUUUGUGCGUGAGUUGUUGAGAUUACGAUUAAAGUAGAGAUGGCAGGCGCUGAACCAAACCGAGGGCAAAACAAUUAGAGUGACGCGUUGGGAAAUGCUCAAAAAUAGUUAAACAUCGAAUUUUUUUCCUUCGCACCGAAAGGUGUACAUUCAUAUCUGAUGUUAUCUGAUUAUACGACUAAUAAAUGCAUUUAAAACUA